CACCUUGUUCAUGAUCAGCGCAUUGCCGACGAGCUUCAUCGUACAAUCGUCGAGCCUGAUUCACAAGGAUACAAUCAGAGCGUGGGAUAUAUCCUGACCCUAUCGGCCUUCCAAGGCAUUUUCCAUCUACAAGGACGAGUCAAAAUGGCUUCCAUCAAGCAAACCCCUUCCACUCUCGACCGUCCCUACGAGCUCCCCGAUCCAGAGGCCUUCUCCUCCUACCAACGCGAAAUCUACUCCGGCCUCCGCAAACCGCUCUUCUCGACCAAACCGUCCGAAUGGGAAUCUCUAGCACGUGCCAAACUGCCCGGUCCCAAUUUCGGCUACGUCUACGGUUCCGCCAGUUCGGGCAAGACGAAUACCUUCAAUGUCGAUGCCUUCGACCGGUAUCGUCUCCGUCCUAGCAUGUUGGUCAAUGCCACCCGGAGAGAUUUGAGCGUCGAGUUGUUUGGCCAUCGGUACAAAUCUCCCAUUUUGGUCGGGCCGGUGGGUGUUCAGGGGAUUGUCCACCAGGAUGGUGAGGAGGCUACUGCUAGGGCGUGUAAGAACUUGGGCGUGCCGAUGGUGCUUUCGACUGCGGCGACGAGGACGAUCGAGGAGGUCGCGAAAGCGAGUGACUAUGGUGAACGAUGGUACCAACUUUACUGGCCCAAACCACAACACGAGGAAAUCACUGCUAGCCUCCUCCGUCGCGCGAAAAACAACGGCUACAAAGUCCUUGUCAUUACCCUUGAUACGUUCAACCUCGCCUGGCGUCCCACCGAUCUAGACGAAUCCUACCUUCCCUUCAUCUACGGCCUCGGCUGUCAAAUCGGCUUCUCUGAUCCAGUCUUUAACGCCCGCUACGAAACAGGCCUCGCCGCCGACUCCCGCUCCCUGUCGGAAAAACUCUCCGAAGCUUAUUCCACGCUCCUCCGUCCCGGCACGUUAUAUGGCGCGCUCAAAGUCCUCACCAACAUUACCACGCUCCGCAAAUCCCAAGCCUGGCUCGACGUCCUCAAUUCUGCCACCUACCGAUCCUGGGAACAUCUCGAAACCAUCAAACAACUCUGGGACGGCCCCAUCGUGCUCAAGGGCAUCCAGACCGUCUCUGACGCACACAAAGCCAUCGAAUACGGCAUCGACGGCAUCAUCAUCUCCAACCACGGCGGUCGCCAACUCGACGGCGCCAUCGCCUCUCUCGACGCCCUGGCGGAAAUCUCCUCAGAUCCUAAAGUCCAAGAUUCCAAGCUUACUCUCCUCUUCGACAGCGGUAUCCGCACUGGAAGUGACGUCCUCAAAGCUCUUGCACUAGGCGCGAAAGCCGUGCUCAUCGGUCGUCCGUAUAUGUAUGGCCUGGCUAUUGCUGGUCAGCAGGGCGUGGAACAUGUCCUCAAGUGCCUUCUCGCUGAUACGGACAACAUGUUGGGGAAUAUGGGGAAGCGAUCGAUUCGGGAUCUUGGUAGGGAGGAUCUGCAGAUUGUUAGGGAGUCGAGACUUUGAGUGUCUUUUAGUGUGGAUGUCUAUGUAUGAGUGGUCACAACGAUGGAGAGGAAUGUGCCAUGUGCGGUAAAUGUGCAAUGAGAGGUAAUAUGUGCAGCAGUGCUAUCGUCAAUUUGAACCCCUAUUUUCUCCGCAGGAUUAAUUGGACACAAUCGCUGAAGGUUGUUCUUUUCCUCUCGAUCUCCCCAUCAGGUGGACCGGCACAAAGACCCAGACAUCGAUUUUCGUAAAGAUCGAUUCUCACUUAUCUCACAAAAUCACAGAGAGCAUCUGGCCCAGCACCUUCCCAUUUCAGAGCAUCCUCGAAGCUAUCGCUAUUGGCUUUGUCGAAUGGAGACAAGCUCCAGGGCUCGCACGUUAACCUACUAGAGCUACGUCUUGAGAUUCCUAUUUGAAUUGUCAUAGGGCGAGAGGGAAGCAAUAUAUCGAAGAUAGAUUGAAGCCCGCGAUGUCUCACUUCUU